AUGACGGAAAGGCCUACCUCUGGUCUAUCAAACUCUCAAUCCAUCUCCCACGCUUACCCUGGUCACAUAGAGUCAGUCAACUGCGUGGCUUUCACACCAGACCAGGAGUAUCUGGCGACCGGGUGUGCCGCUGGUCAACUCAAGGUCUGGAAGUCCAAUCCUGCUUGCUCUCUGUGCCAGCUGCUUUUGGAGAAUGUCCAUGACCUUGGGGUUAUCUCCUGUGACUUCUCUCACAACUUCAUCAAGGACAAAGCAUCUUCUGCCCGAGGAUACCGCCUAGCCACCGGUGGCAAUGACUGCAUUGUCAGAGUCUUUAAGAUGUGGCCGAUCGAUGAUCUGGUGAUGAAGUUCGAGGAGAUGUUCUUCAUGCGAGGCCACGGAGGCAGUAUAACUCAAGUCCGCUUCUCCAGCAAAUCCUCUGAUGUUUCUGGCCUCCACUGCCAUCGACCGCACCACCAGGAUUUGGAAUAUGGUGAGGGUUAUAUGCAACCCUUCCUUGCUACAGGUUCUUUGGAUUCUUCAGUCAUCAUAUGGGAAGUUCCUAAAGUAAUAUCGCUGCAAAACAAACAUGAGUCUGAUGCUAAUGGAAAAUAUGCUGUUAACCCUGAUGAAGCUUUGGAUUCUUUUGAAGCACUGACUCUAGAAGAUGUCCAGCUGGAUGAUCUUGUCACUGCUUUCAAGAUGAGUUCCGCUGAUGUUCCGAAUCACAUGAUCUGUCCAAUCACACAGCAAGUCAUGAUAGAUCCUGUUAUAUGUGAAG